UACAUCUGUCCCAAAAGCUUCUGAAAUGCAGGUGUUGUCCAGUAGAUGAGUGGUGCAAGUGGUGACAUCCUGCUGACAGUGAGUGGAGAGCCAAGGAGAUAAAACUUUGACUCUUGCUUUCUUAGGGCACAGUGUGCUGAAACACGUCCAGGUAUGUGGUGAAAGAUUGACUUUGCCUGCUGUAAGCCAGUCGCUCGUGCAGAUAUGGCCCAAAUGAUUAACAGCUGUGCAACAGCUGAUGAACAUGAAAGUCCUCUUGCCACCCAGAUAUGCGGGGUCAAGUAGCAAGCAGUCCAAGUAGUCAUCAGAGCAGUUAGGAGACAAACUGAGAACUACAAAGGAAUGACAAGGGUGGCUUUCAGCCAGUGUGGUAAGUUGUUCUCCAGUCCUUGUGCUUAGGUAUCAGCUGAAGAAACUUCAUUUGAUUUUUCAACUGAUUUGUUUCAUGGUUUGGGGUUAUUUUGUGGGUUUGGGGUUUUUUUAGUGUGUGCUGCUGAGCUGUGUUGGUUAGGUAUGCCUCGGUGGUGGGGAGUAGAUGGUGGGAGAUGGCUGGCAACAUCACAUCACUGGACAAAGGCUAGGCAGACACUUGCCAUGACAUCUGCAUCUGUGUCCUGCUACAGUCAUUCUUAUGGGAUGGCAAGUAAAAUCUCCUGUGUUGGGCUACUGCCAUAUGGUUGCUCAUUGGUGCACAUUGGUUUCUUUAUAUACGGGAAUUCUGGAUUCCUUAAAAUUGUGCCCUGCUGCUAACUGACCGCUCAGUGGAUACAUUUUUAGGUGGGUUAUUUGUUUUGAAAAUUGGAUUUCCCUUUGUAAUGCAUCACUUCUGUUAGUACAAGUAACACAUUGGUUGUCAUGAAAAGAGAUUAAGGAGCUGGAGAUCAGUUUUCUUUUCUCCUGCUCUGUUGACACUGUACACUUGGUCCUAUUGUAUGAGUAGUAAAUUUCAGUGUUUUGUCAACUAGCUGUGUCCUUUUCUGAGCCCUGCUCUGGUAGUUCCCAGUCCAAGGCUGAGCCUGUCAGGUAACAGGCAGGUUUAAUGGGACUAGAGACCGAUCUUGAGACCAAAAUGGUACAGCAAGUACAAGAAAUCCAGAAUCUUCUACAGGAAGGGUGGGAAGAGCAAGUAACGUGAACCCCAGGAAACAACCAGGAAACUCCAGUCAUGUGGUGGAGAGUUCUCCUGGACUCCAUGGAUGGCAAGCUGUGGAAAAAACACUGAACCUUGGGAGAGUGGUUCCCAACCCUUCUGGUCAACUGAGUGUGCUUCAGAUUAAGCUUGUGAGAAGAGCAAGGAAAGUGCAUUCCCUUCCUUGUUUUCCUCCUGGGAAGGAAAUAGAGACCCAGGCCUGGCAGAGCAUGGGCACACUGCUCCUUGCGGAAGGGGGCCCCGCUCUGCUAGGAGCGAGCCAUGAUUGAGGAAUGCCAUGGGCAGGCUGUGCAAAUGCCAGCAGAAAGCUGAGGAGGUUUGCAAAAGGAGAGCUGAAGGGGCCACUCCAAACCUGAUUUUAGGUGCUUUUGAGGAAAUGUGUAUUUCUUUGUAAACUGUAAUGUGUUCAUUUUUCCACAUGGCCCAGUGCAGGACUUGGGAUGUAGGGGCUCCAAGUUAAAAAAUGUAUUUCUUGGGCAAAAUUAUUGUCAUCUCUCGGUAACUGAUAACAGGCCUUUAAAAGCCUCUCUUCUGGCUGUGUUUUUUGUUUGGUUGUUUGUUUUGUUCUUUUAGUACCUAGAAACUUCAUAAACAAUCAAACUUCCAUGGAUGUCCCUGAAAUCAGGACUUCAGUACAGAGUACAGUUUUCAACUCUUAACUUCUUUCCUGUCAGCAUUAUAUUGCCUUUAAAAUGAAAGUUUUACCUUGUACUGUGUUUUGUAACUGUUUUAAGUUUUGAUUUCUUCUUCAUACUGCGUACUGUUUUUUGUGAAUUCUGUGAUGAAAGAGCUGUGGAUGAUUAUUUUCUCGCUGAAAGGCUCUAGGAUGACAGUGUACUUUGUUAUAAACUGGUAUUUACUUUAUCUGGCCUUGGAACGUAUCUUUCUUCCUGCUUCUCUUCCCCCUUUUUUUUAUUUUUUUUUCCUUUUUACUCCACCGAGUCCAUCAAGCAGAUAGCUCAGAAAAGCAACUUUGACCUGUGGAAGCUAGUGCCAGCUAUUACCUGUUAAAUUAGGUUAGCCCAGCCAUGUGUUUGAGAUUGGAAGUGUGCAUUUUAACCUACAUCUUCUAAUAUGCUUUCCACGGGUAAUGCAUCAGUCCUUUUUAACUACAAAUCACUAAUGCACCUAGAUGGGGUAGAUGUAAGCUGCUUUUGCUAUUUUCUUAAAGGCGUAAGUCUCUACCCAGUUUGGACAGAUUUUCAGAGCAACUGUGAAAAGGUCUGAGUUGCUCUCUGCCAAAUUUUAACACCAAAACUGGAAGCACUACAGCCCCUCAAAAAAAGGGAGACUUUAACAUGGACUAGAAAAAGCCCCAAAACUUGGCUGCUUUCAGCUUGAGGAAGGGCAAAGCAAUUACUGUGAUCCAGUUGUAAACAAGUGAAGGCAGGGUUUUGUUUGAAACAUAUUGGGCGAUCUGAAACACUUGCCAUUACUGGUGAUGACAGGCGUAACUUGUGGUGAAUGGAAAGUUAGCAGCUUUCAUCUUUGGACCCCAAUUCUGCCAAUGUGUGCUUAGGUGUUACAAGCAUAACAAGUGUAAGUGCGUCGUCCCUCUGAACGUACUCGGUGCACGAGUAGAGAGCUCAGUGAUGUUGCAGUACCUGGCAAUGUGGCUGAGACGGCUUCCAUGAGAAUGCAGCGCUGGAGGAAUAGGACUCUGCCUGGAUAUGAGGUACUGAGGGGAAAAAGAGCAUCACGCUUGGCUGCUCACCUUGCCCAUUUGACUGUACAUAAUGGAGACCAAGGAAGAGAAGAAGGAACGAAGACAAGGCUAUUUUGCUCGUUUGAAAAAGAAAAGGCAAGCCAAACAAAACACUGAGACUGUCUCUGCCAAUUCCCCUGGAUCUCCUGUUUCCAAAACACCUGAGAAAGAUGAUGAAAGUAAAGUUAUUUUGGAGCAAAUCAGUUCCUCUGAAGACAACUGUAAAGUUGCUGGGGAAAAGGAAACUGCUCCAGACAAAGAAAAGAGAAAGAAAAAGUACAACCAACUAAAAGACAUCAGACGCACAGAACUUAAAAGAUACUAUAGUACUGAUGACAAUCAAAAUAAAACUAAUGAAAAGAAAGAGAAAAAAAUGGUUUCUCAGAAACCCCAUGGUACCAUAGAAUACACUGCUGGGAAUCAGGACACCAUAAACAGCAUAGCAUUAAAGUUUAACAUCACGCCAAACAAGCUUGUGGAGCUCAAUAAGCUUUUCACGCAGACAAUUGUGCCAGGCCAGAUACUCUUUGUGCCAGAAACAAGUGCUGCAAGGCUUUCUUCUUUCAAUACCGGUGCUCCCGUUUCUCCUUCAUCAUCAGAUGCUGAAUAUGAUAAACUCCCUGAUGCUGAUUUGGCAAGAAAGGCCUUCAAACCAGUGGAGAGAGUCCUGUCCUCUACUUCAGAAGAGGAUGAGCCCGUGGUUGUCAAAUUUUUAAAAAUGAACUGUCGGUACUUCACAGAUGGUAAGGGUGUAGUUGGAGGAGUCAUGAUAGUAACUCCAAACAAUAUCAUGUUUGACCCACAUAAGUCUGAUCCUCUGGUAAUUGAGAACGGCUGUGAAGAAUAUGGGCUCAUCUGCCCCAUGGAAGAGGUUGUCUCAAUUGCUCUCUACAAUGACAUCUCUCACAUGAAGAUUAAAGACGCAUUGCCAUCUGACAUACCAAAGGAUCUUUGUCCUCUGUACAGGCCAGGAGAAUGGGAAGACCUAUCCUCUGAGAAAGACAUCAAUCCUUUCAGCAAAUUCAAAUCCCUUAGCAAGGAAAAGAGGCAGCAGAAUGGGGAUCCAUCCAUUGCUCUGGGUGCCAAACAGAUGAAGCCUUCAGAUAAGGAGAAGUCGGCUGAUUUUGAAGUUCUUCAAUCAUCUGAGAGUACAGGCUCAAUCAAAUUGAAGUCACUGGAGUUUCCCAACAACAUCACUGCCACUGAACAUUUGGAAAAGUGUGCUUUGGAUCCAUGUGCAAGGGAGCCUUCUGGGGAAAAAAAUGCUUCAGAUACCAAAACCAAAGAAAAAUCCCUUUUGGGAGAAGGAGAGGAUGAGUUCAUUGAGCUGGAAAAGACGUCAUCUCAUAAGGAUAGAGGGUUGGACAGGAAAAUCUCAGUAAUGGAAGGCUUGCUGGCUGACCCCAGGGAGUUGGGGAGAACUAAGCAGCAGGUAACCAAACCCACUACAGAAGUCCAGGAGCGCUUGACAGUUGAUUCCUUGGAAAAAAAGGACAGUGUUGAACCUAAAGCUGACUUAGACUUAGAGCUGUGUGAAAAGCAAGAUGUUAUUCCAGAAGUAAACAAAUGUGUCAGUUCCCCGACAGGUAAGGUGGAGACUGCAUUGGACACUAAGAAAGAGCUAGAGAAAGAUAAACUUAUUGAAUUUUACCUCAAUAAAGAUGGGAAUGGGUCUCAGUCAUCUGAAGACUUACACAAGGCUGAAAUCCAGAAAGGUGAAAACAAUAAAGCAGUUGGCAUAGACCUUACACUUAGCUGUUCAAAGUCUCAAGCUAAUGAAGUCCAUACAGUUAAAAGUAUGGAGCUUGACUCCUGCUGUGUUGAAAAGAAAGCACCUUCAUUAGAAAUCAGCUCAGCAGCAGCAGAGGAAAAGGAUCUGAAAGAGUCUGUGGACUCUUCGUUAGUACCAGCUGUAGACAAGACCUGUCAAGAAACACAGUUAGACAAUCAAUCAGAAAUCAGACUGUGGCUGCUGCAGAAAAUUCAAGUGCCAAUUGAAGAUAUGCUUCCUUCAAAAGAGGAGAAGAGCAAGACUCCUCCAAUGUUUCUGUGCAUUAAAGUAGGCAAGCCCAUGAGAAAGUCCUUUGCAUCUCAGAGCACCACCAUGUCUCAACAGUACAGCAAAAAAAUAAAGCAACCAGAGUACUGGUUUGCUGUUCCUCGGGAAAGGGUGGAUCACCUGUACACAUUUUUUGUUCAGUGGUCACCAGAAAUCUAUGGGAAAGAUGCCAAAGAGCAAGGUUUUGUCGUGGUAGAAAAGGAGGAGCUUGACAUGAUAGACAAUUUCUUCAGUGAACCCACUACUAAAAGCUGGGAGAUCAUUACGGUAGAGGAAGCCAAACGACGAAAGAGCGUUUGCAGUUACUAUGAAGAAGAAGAUGAUGAUACUUUGCCUGUCUUAAAGCAUCACAGCGCUCUUCUGGAGAAUAUGCACAUAGAGCAGCUUGCCCGGAGCUUGCCCGCACGAGUGCAGGGAUAUCCGUGGCGGCUUGCGUACAGUACACUAGAACACGGGACUAGCCUGAAGACUCUGUACCGUAAAUCGGCAUCUCUCGACAGUCCAGUUCUCCUUGUCAUCAAGGAUAUGGACAACCAGAUAUUUGGAGCAUACGCUACACAUCCCUUCAGGUUUAGUGACCAUUACUAUGGCACUGGUGAAACAUUCCUCUACACAUUCAGUCCACAUUUCAAGGUAUUCAAAUGGAGUGGAGAGAACACCUACUUCAUCAACGGAGACACCAGCUCUCUAGAGCUUGGAGGUGGAGGUGGCCGGUUUGGCUUAUGGUUAGAUGCAGAUUUGUAUCAUGGGCGAAGCAACUCCUGCAGCACCUUCAAUAAUGACAUCUUAUCCAAGAAAGAAGAUUUCAUAAUACAAGACAUCGAAGUAUGGACCUUUGAGUGAAAUACUGACUGCCUUAAGGACUGGAUCCAUUAGGCACUUAAAAGCUAACUAGAAGGUGCAGGCUGCCUCACAACGUUACAUGCUUUUUCCUCAAGUUUGUACCAGAGCAUGACUAAGCAAAAAAACCCCCAACCAACCCAAGAACAAACAGAGCUGGUUUUGAGAGGCAGUAAGAGACAGAACAGUAAGAGAUCAUUCUGAAGUGUUUUUUUACUUCCUCCUCCAAUACUUCUCCAUCGAAGAUAUGAUGCUUAUGAAAACAUUCAUGGUGUAUAAGUUGAAAACUUUUUCUGUAACUGUGAAAAAGAUCCUGUGGGAAAACUAUACCUAUCUAGUACAUUCCAUGUGUAUUUAUGUUCAAUGUACAACUGCUAACCAAAAAUAAAAGGUUACUUUACCAAAAUCUACAGCAUACUGUUUGCCAUGGAAAAGAAUCAAAUAGGUGUACA